GGCUUUAGCAGAGUAGAGGAUGCAGUUUCUAAUCUCCACCGGGAUAGGGUUUUGUAGGGUUCAUCACACUACUCCCCCUUCCCUCUAGCGAUUCAACAAAGUACUGCAAUUCCUUCAUCUUUUAGUUUUGGUAGGUUUGAAGGCUAUUUGGGAUUUACGUCAUGCUGGGUGCAUUGCCCAUAUUGCCUCUUCCUGCUCCUCCCUCUGAUGGAAACCUGGGUCCUCUCCCUCUAUCGCAAGUGACUGAGGAGAAGAAUGAUGAGAAACCGUCUAGGGAGGAGCAGAUCAAAGCAUCGGUUGCUACCCACACUAGAACCAUUGGAAUUAUACAUCCACCUCCGGACAUUAGAACCAUUGUUGAUAAAACUUCCCAAUUCGUUGCCAAAAAUGGGCCAGAGUUUGAGAAAAGGAUUAUUGCAAAUAAUACUGGCAAUGCCAAGUUCAAUUUUUUGAAUCCCUCGGAUCCAUAUCAUGCAUAUUAUCAGCACCGGCUGGCUGAAUUUCGUGCCCAGAACCAAUCUUCUGCACAGGAACCUCCUUUGCAGCCUGCAGAUUUAUCUGUUUCGGAAUCAGCUCCGUUGACUGAGAGCAGUGAUGCAGUGGCAGCAAAGCCUGAUCCCUCUGCCCAAUUUAAGCCUGUGAGGAAAGCACUUGAACCACCCGAAGCGGAACAGUAUACAGUUCGGCUUCCUGAAGGGAUUACGGGGGAAGAACUGGAUAUUAUAAAGCUCACAGCACAAUUUGUGGCUCGAAAUGGAAAAUCAUUUUUGACUGGAUUGACAAGUAGGGAGGUUAAUAAUCCCCAAUUCCAUUUCUUGAAGCCAACGCACAGCAUGUUCACAUUUUUUACUUCCCUUGCGGAUGCAUAUUCCAGGGUUUUGAUGCCUCCUAAGGGGUUGACAGGGAAGCUGAAGAAGAGUGUCUCUGACAUGACCACUGUCCUUGAACGAUGUGUGAAUAGGCUAGAAUGGGAGCAUUCACAAGAGCAAGCUAGGCAAAAGGCUGAGGAUGAGGUUGAACAGGAAAGGGUACAAAUGGCAAUGAUAGACUGGCAUGAUUUUGUAGUGGUUGAGACAGUAGAUUUUGCUGAUGAUGAGGAUGAAGAGCUACCUCCUCCAAUGACCCUAGAGGAGGUUGUAAGGAGAAGCAAGGUGUCAACCAUGGAAGAAGAGAUUAUUGAGCCUGAAAAGGAGAUAGAAAUGGAAAUGGAUGAGGAAGAGGUUCAACUUGUUGAAGAGGGCAUGAGAGCAGCUAGUUUGGAAGACAAUGGUGAUGGGAAGAAGAAUGAAGUCAAGGUUACAGAUGAACCUGAUCCACCAAUGAGGAUUGUGAAGAACUGGAAGAGACCGGAGGAGAGGAUUCCUACUGAAAGAGAUUCAACAAAGUUUGUUGUUUCCCCUAUCACUGGUGAGCUGAUACCUAUUAAUGAAAUGUCUGAACAUAUACGAAUUUCUCUCAUUGAUCCUAAGUACAAAGAACAAAAAGAAAGGAUGUUUGCCAAAAUUCGAGAGACAACCCUUGCUCAGGAUGAUGAAAUAUCAAGAAACAUUGUUGGACUUGCACGGACUCGUCCUGAUAUCUUUGGUACUACUGAGGAAGAGGUCUCCAAUGCUGUUAAGGCAGAGAUUGAGAAGAAGAAAGAUGAGCAACCAAAGCAGGUUAUAUGGGAUGGUCACACUGGGAGUAUUGGACGCACUGCAAACCAAGCUAUUUCACAGAAUAUUAGUGGUGAGGAGCAAAGUAAUGCUGCUAAUAGUGAAGCUAUGAACCUUCCUGGACCAGCCGCACCUCCUCCUAGACCUGGUAUUCCUUCAGUUCGUCCUCUUCCACCGCCACCUGGACUAGCAUUGAAUCUUCCUCGAGUUCCUCCCAACACAAUACAAUAUUCUUCACCUAUCAGUGGUGGCCUUCCAGUUCCUCCGCCCAGACCUCCAGUCAUUCCCAUGAUUCCAUCAAUGCGGCCAAUGCCACCUCAAAUGCAGAUGACUUCUGGACAGCAGUCAGUUAUGGCUGGUCAACCACCCCCAAUGCCUCCAUCAAUUUCUGUGAAUGGACCAGGAAUUCCCAUACCCCCACCACCAGGGUCUCAGUUUACACCUGUUCCAAUUCCUCGACCUUUUGCCCCUCACCAUGUUCCUCCACCAGCAAUGCCUAUGAUGCCUGCACCACCUUUGCCUCAUGGUCUACCACCACCACCACCACCUGAGGAAGCUCCUCCCCCUCUUCCAGAUGAACCAGAACCAAAGAGGCAAAAGCUUGAUGAUUCCCCUCUUAUCCCUGAAGAUCAGUUUCUGGCUCAACAUCCGGGAUCUGUUCGAAUCAGUGUAUCUGUUCCUAAUGUUGAUGAAGGAAAUCUUAAAGGACAAGUUCUGGAAAUAACAGUGCAGUCUUUGUCAGAAACUGUUAGCAGUCUGAAGGAGAAAAUUGCAGGGGAGAUCCAGCUUCCAGCUAACAAACAGAAAUUGAGUGCAAAACCUGGUUUUCUAAAGGAUAACAUGACUCUUGCUUAUUACAAUAUUGGAGGAGGAGAAACACUUACCCUGACCUUGAGAGAGCGUGGUGGUAGAAAGAGAUAACUUUUUCCUCACCUUGAUGUUCAAGGUGGUUAUUGAAACUUUUGCCUCAUUGUGGGGAAUAUAAUUUCUCAUACCACUGGUAGACACCAGGAUGAUAUCAUCAUAAAUGUUAUUUUUGUAGUCUUUAUUUGUAGUUUGUAUUUGAUGAGGUUUUGAACUUAAUAUUGUCUUCAAAACUGAUGUUAAUUUUGGAAUACAGAUUUUCGCACCUUGACGCUUGUCUCUUGAGGAUAAGGGGAACUGGGGAAGUAAUUGAGUUCCUUUUGUCUGAAGUGAUCAAGUCAAUUUAUACAUCACUAAUUACUUGUUUUCUUUUGCGUUGCAGUUGAUUCCCCACAAAGUGUACCAACUUGUUUUUAUUGGGAGCUCAUUUUCUGUUAGGGGGGAUCACAUACACUAUUUAUAUUUUUUUUA